GUGGUCACGUGGUGCUCACGUGACCCAGCGCAGGGCACGGACAGCGUCGGAAUCAGAGACAGCAGCGCUAAAAACACGCUCAUCUGACUCCCACACGCGCAGGUAACGAGCAGAACCGCUCCGCUCGGGGUUCGUUAUCAUCCGUGGACCGGUUCCGUUCCUCCAGCUCAUCCGGGUCUUGCGUUUUAAAGCGGAAAACCAGCGAGGAGCGCCUGAGGAAUCCCCGACGCUGAUUGGCCGGCGGCUCCUCUGAUGCGAUGACGUCACGGGCGGAGCCGAGCAGCUGCCAUGAGCGCGCGGAGAGGAGCGUUCCGUCCGUCGAUGACGUCACUGGGAGCGGGGCGCCGGCCGUAAUGACGUCAUGAGGCUAAGUCCCCAGCGUCAAGGAGGAGAAGGUUUCCUGUGACUUGGAUAUUUGCCUCUUUGUACUUUUGGGCCGGAAGUGGUUGUGAAGCAGCGGCCGCUCUCACCUGGACCCCAGGGACCCGCCGGUGAGCCGGGUGACUCUGUGGAUUUGCGUGCAGCCGCUCGCGGAGCCUCGGGUCGGCAUGUUCGCGGCGGUGGAGCUUGGGCCCGUCCUCUGCAGCGACUCCAACAUCCUGUGCCUGUCCUGGAAGGGCCGCGUGCCCCGCAGCGAGAAGGAGAAGCCCGUGUGCAGGAGGCGCUGCUAUGAGGAGGGCUGGCUGGCCACGGGGAACGGCCGGGGAGUCGUGGGCGUCACCUUCACCUCCAGCCACGGCAGGAGAGACCGGCCCUCCCCGCAGCGCAUCAACUUCAACCUCCGGGGACACAACAGUGAGGUGGUGUUGGUGCGAUGGAACGAGCCCUUCCAGAAGCUGGCGACCUGCGACACCGACGGCGGGAUCUUCGUCUGGAUCCAGUAUGAGGGCCGCUGGUCAGUGGAGCUGGUCAAUGACCGCGGAGCUCAGGUGAGCGACUUCACCUGGUCUCACGACGGCAUGCAGGCGCUGAUCUCGUACCGCGACGGCUUCGUGCUGGUGGGCUCGGUGAGCGGUCAGCGCCACUGGUCCUCGGAGAUCAACCUGGAGAGUCAGAUCACCUGUGGGAUCUGGACCCCCGACGACCAGCAGGUGUUGUUUGGCACAGCGGACGGGCAGGUGAUCGUCAUGGACUGUCACGGCCGGAUGCUGGCUCAUAUACUGCUGCACGAGGCGGAGGGCAUCGCUAGCAUGGCCUGGAAUUACCCCAGCUUUCUGCUGGAGGACAGCAGCGAGAGCGACACGGACUCGGACGAUUACACGCCUCUGCAGGUGCACCGUCUGAAGCCGCUGUUGACCGUCUGCUUCACGUCUGGAGACGUCAGUUUGAUGAGCAACUACGAUGACCUCUCACCCACGUUAAUACGCACCGGCCUCAAAGAUGUGGUGGUGCAGUGGUGCUCUCAGGGCGACCUGCUGGCUGUUGCUGGGACUGAGAGACUCGUGAUGACCUCUGACCCCACCCAAGCCACCCGAAACGCCAUUGUUAAGUUUUAUAAUGUUUGCGGUGAGCACAUUUACUCACUGGAGACACCUGCUCAGAGGCCGAUCAGUGCGCUGUGCUGGGGCCAUCGGGACUCGCGUCUGUUUCUCGCUAGCGGCCCGGCGCUGUACGUGCUUCGUGUCGAACACCGGGUCGCUAGCCUGCAGCUGCUGUGCCGACAGGUGAUCGCCAGCGCGGUACACGAAGAGAAAGACGUGGCCAAGCUCAGCAUGCCCUCUCGUCUGAGCACAUACGUGUCCUCUGCCUUCGCUUCUACCAUUAAGCCCCCCAUUCCAGAUCCCAACAACAUGCGGGACUUUGUUAGUUAUCCGACAUCAGGUAACGAGCGUCUGCACUGCACCAUGAAGCGCACCGAGGACAACCCUGAGGUCGGCGGCCCUUGCUACACCUUAUACCUGGAGUAUCUGGGGGGGCUUGUGCCUAUUCUGAAAGGCCGUAGGAUUAGCAAACUUCGCCCUGAAUUUGUCAUCAUGGACCCAAAGACUGAUGGGAAAGCAGAUGAAGUCUAUGGCAACAGCUUCAUCCCCUCUGUGAUUGACAGCUGCAAUUGCUCAGACUCUAGUGACAUUGAGCUCAAUGAUGAUUGGGUUGGAAAGAAAUCACCAAAGAUCUCCAGAGGGAGCAAGUCUCCCAAACUUCCCAGAGACUUAGUGUGUCCCUUUACCAACAGGAUAAAUAUAGAUCCCCGUAAGUCCCCCAAGCUCUCCCGCACCGCACAGGAAAUAUCGCGAUCGCCUAGGUUACCCAUUCGCAAGCCCUCCAUUGGCUCUCCGAGUCUGACUCGGCGGGAGUUUCCGCUAGAUGACAUCACACAGCACAAUUAUCUUGCGCAAGUUACAUCUAAUAUAUGGGGAACGAAGUUCAAAAUUGUGGGGCUUGCAGCAUUUUUGCCAACAAAUCUUGGUGCAGUUAUCUACAAGACAAGUCUGCUUCACCUCCAGCCCAGACAGAUGACCAUCUACCUCCCUGAGGUGAGGAAGAUCUCAGUGGAAUACAUUAACCUACCUAUGUUUAGUCCUAAUGUCUUCAGUGAGGAUGAGGACGACCUGCCUGUUACAGGAGCAUCAGGAAUCACUGAUGAUAAUCCACCUUGCACUGUCAACAUACCCAUCGCCCCCAUACACAGCCCCGCGCAAGCCAUGUCCCCAACCCAAAGCAUCGGCCUUGUCCAAUCCCUACUAGCCAAUCAAAACAUCCAGUUGGAUGUGUUGUCCAAUCCAACAUCGACUGUGACACCACCUGUGGUGUCUGACCAAGGACAGCAGGACACUGUGCUCACUGCGCAGUACACCGUUCCUGCCAGGUAUUCUAGUCCUGGACAGGUAAUCUUUGGAGGUAUGGAAGUUGGUCGGCUUUUAGUUGCGCAAUCCCAACAACAACAGCAGCAGCAGCAACAACAACAACAGCAUCAGCUGCAUCAACAUUAUCAACAGCAGCAGCAGCAUCAACAGCUACAGCAACAGCUUCAACAAUAUCAGCUGCAGCAUCAACAGUUGUUGCAGCAUCAGCACAUGCAGCAACAGCAGCAGCAACACAUGCAACAGCAGAUCCAACAGAUGCAGCAGCAACAGCAAAUGCAGCAACAGCUUCAGCAUCAAAUCCAACAGCAGCAUCUGCAAAUGCAACUGCAGCUGCAGCACCAGCAAAUGCAGCAGCAGUUGCAACAGCAGCAUCAGAUCCAAAUCCCUGUUCCAGCUUUGCCCUCAGGUCAACCGUCAUGCCCGGUCAUUCAGCUUCCGCAGAGUACCAUCCCGGACGUUCCCCCAACAGCAGAACACAGUGCGGAGCGUGGGGAACAUGAGCUCCUGCUUAAAAUUAAAACCACUCGGCCUGCCCCACAACUGGCUGAGGGUGAUGCAGUAGUUUUUACUGCCCCUCUUGAGAUUAGCAAAAUGAACCCUCCCCCUCCUUACCCUGGCACAGUUGCCGCAGCAAUGGCAGCUGCCACAGUCGCGGUUUCGGCUGCUGCUUCUACGAAUUCCACCUCUGGGGCAACGGGAAGCAGCUCUAGCGCUUCAUCCUCAGGGGAAGCUUGUGUAAAGAAAGGGGAUCUGACCUUGUAUCCACCUGGUGCGCAGGCAGCUCUGUACCCAACCCCACUGGGCUACGAACGCAUCACCACAUUUGACAGCAGCGGAAAUGUGGAGGAGGUGUGUCGUCCCCGCUCGCGACUUGUUUGCAACCAGAAUGUUUACACGCUGCAGGGCCCGGGAAGCUCCGCCACCCUCAGGGUCUCAUCAUCUUCCUCUGCUGUGGAGGGGAAGAAGGUGCAGUUGCCCUAUGCCUCAGCCACGUUGAACCGUCUCACUGUGCCAAGGUACUCUAUACCCAGUGGGGACCCGCCCCCUUACCCUGACACAGCCAAUCAGGUUGGAGCAGGGCGGAACCCUGGCCAGAGAUUGGACAGCAGCUUGAUUCACGCUACCAUGAGGCGGAACAGUCGGGAAGCUGCGCUAAAGGUUUCUCAAAUGCUGGAUCCCCAGAGGACCCUACCCUCCAAGGCCAAAGCCAGUACUUUGUCUGCUUCCUACCAGCCAAGAGGGCCAACAGCUCUUUAUACAUGCAGUCAGUGCAGUAGUAACGGUGGGGUCAGCGCUGGGGCCACCAGCAGUGGAAGUAAUGGAAUAGCUGGGGGGACAAUCAUUAGGCAAGAUUUCCCACCAACCGGAGGUGGUGCACCUCACAGCACUGUUAUAGUGCACUCCAACAGUGCCUCGCCUCUGCCUUCCCAGUCCUCCUACAGCCUACUCAGUAUGGAUGGCAACGGUGGAGUGGCUAGUGGAGGUGGAAACAGGGAAAGGGCUGACUAUAUCAACUCUGCCUUUACAGAGGAUGAGGCAUUAAAUCAGUCUUUGAGGCAAAUGGCUCUUAAUACGGAGGUUGUGAGUUUGACAGUCAAACGGCCACCGCCGUAUCAAUGGGAUCCGUCUGCUACUGAAGAGAUUUGGGUUCCCCAAGAGCGUACAGCUACUCUGCCCACGUCUGGACCUCCUGUGUCCCACAAACCUCCCCCACUCAUCCUCAGCCCUGCACAGCAUCUGGACGUUUCCCGUCUUCUGUUUGUCCUCUCGCCUAAAUCUCCAACAAGUCCUAACGCCACAACUUUCCAACCAGCAGGAGCAUACCAGAUUGCUCUGCCCUAUCCACCAAGUGCAGCCUACAGUGGUUCCGUGCAAGCUUCUCCACAUCCCACCUCUCCCAAAGAGGUGGUUACUCCUCUUCCCUUUUCCCAGCAGGACCAAGCAGUGGUCAUGCCACCUGGUUAUCCUCCCAAUUUGCCCAACCUUGCUUGCUGCCCCCUCCCACCAAUGUACCCUGGGACAGCUUCUUGUUCUAGUCUGCCUAUGACUCCCAUUCCUCUUCAUCCAUGGGGUUCUUACAAUCCCUGUCCACCCAUGCCAAGCCCCCCAGGUCCUGCCCCAUCCCUUCCACCAAAGACCUCGCACAUGCUGGAUAAGCCUGUUCUUUCUCCUCCCCCUCAACCACCCCCUCUUCCGACGCCACCUCCAGACCACCAGAAUGCGGUCAGUCCCCCAGAGGCUAUCGCCGAAGCUGGGGAAGGCUUUCAGGAGGUGCUGUCACUGAACGAAAGCCCGGUUCCUCAAAGAGCGGACAGGUUUGGUAAGAAGAACCGAAAGCGUUUGGACAACAGUCGGGCGGAUGAAACCAACGUUCCAGCAAUCACAGAAGGAGGCAACAAGUCCAAAAAAGAGGGCCGUGCCCUCAGUGACUUCAACUCCCUCAUCUCCAGUCCGAGGUUAGGUGGACGAGACAAGAAGAAACCGAAAGGCCAGAAAGAGCAGCUGAAAGCCAAAAAGCUAAGCAAGGCCACCACCAACGAGUUCCAGGACAGCUCCGAGAGCGAGCCAGAGCUCUUCAUCAGUGGCGACGAGCUGAUGAACCAGAGCCAGAGUGGUAAAAAGAGCUGGAAAUCAAAAAGGAACUUGCGGGCGGGAGGCUGCGAGCUGGACGAAAUCAAAUGCCGAAAGGCUAACGAGAAAGAAGACCGCGGCCUCGGCAGUCAAGGGUUCGUCUACAUCAUGGCCAACAAACAGCCUCUUUGGAACGAAGCCACGCAGGUCUACCAGCUGGACUUUGGAGGAAGAGUCACACAGGAAUCGGCAAAGAACUUCCAGAUUGAGCUCGAGGGGAGACAGGUGAUGCAAUUCGGAAGGAUCGAUGGGAAUGCAUACAUCUUGGACUUUCAGUACCCCUUCUCAGCUGUGCAGGCUUUUGCUGUAGCACUUGCUAAUGUCACCCAGCGCCUCAAGUGAUCGACUGGGCUGGAACAUUUUAGCCAGUUAUACCAUUUCUUUCUUUGCUCUCUGUUGUCCGUUUAAGCAUUUUUUCCCAGUUUAAGAUGCAGUACUAAUACUUGAAAACUACAUCUGGGAAGCCACAUUUUCCGAGUGUUAGAGGUACUACUGGGCACUGAAAUCAAUUGCUGUACAACAUACUGUCAUUACUAAUUCGUUUUUGCAUAAGAUACUAAUGUUUGUCACACUUUGAGGACGUUAUAUCUAAACUCGCUUCCAGGGACUUUACCCUUGGAGUUCAACAGCUAGCAUCUGAUUAGAUGCUUUUGGCUUGCAGUCAUAAACGUGUAUUUUAUUAAGAAAUAGUUAGACUGAGUAUACAGUACACUCUAGGUAUUUCUGUUAGGAUGGAC